UCCAUAGCAACUGACAACAUUAGCUAAGCGAGCCUUGAUUUUUUUUACGUUAGUUGUUACUUUGACAGAAAUUAACUAGCUACGUUAGUUUGUUAUAUGUAUGUUCUAUAUUUACAGACGCUUUCAAUAGCAUAAUUAAUUUGUGAUACUGUAGACAAGCAGGUUUUCAAACGUCAGCGUUUCUAGUCAACGUCGUGUUUUAUUUUCAGACAGCUUGCUAGCAUAACUAACGUUAGUGGCUAGUUAGCGUUAACGUUAACUCCAAAAUAAGACAGUUAGCUAGCUACCUUAAGAUGUCCUCCAUUGGCAGUACAGCAGAUGUUUUACAGCAAGUCAACCAGUUUUGGUCCAUCCUGGAUGAUCUUUCUCAAAAUGACCCCACAGCCUACCGCAAGUUCAUAGAGAAACAGAUGAAGGAAGGAGCUGAAUUCAAUGCACCGCCUGAACUCGACUCUUGUUUGUGCACUGAAAUAGUGGAGCCCAAGAAAGGGUCACUGUAUAUCAACAUAUGCAGCUGGAAACGUGUGCCUGCACCUCAGGAUCCCAGCAGGCCUUUACCCGUGUGUGCAGGAAAACUGGAAACAGACACAAAUGAAGGUCAAGGUUCCUUUACUGUGUUGGAUGUGGCAUUAAACCCUGCAGUGCUACAAGAGAGUAAGAAAAACAAAACAGAAGUGUAUAUGCUGGCCCUGAGCUUUGCCCAGCAGCAGCAUGGGAUGAGGUUAACUCAGCAGUACACUGUCGUCAGCUGUAGCCCCAAAAGUAGCCCAGAUGACUUGCACCGCCGGCUUGGGUUUCAGCAGUGGCCUAACACCUCCGGACAACCAGACAUGGCCAGUCAGACCCCAGCUGCCCUUCUGCAGCAGAUCUCCUCUCUACGCUCAGAGAAACAAGAUGAGGACCCAGCAGCCCAAAUUAUCUGCAGAACUGCGGAGAAUAAAAAGAAGGAUUUUAUCCAGGUCAUCUCCAGUAAAUUUGUGCCGCCUCAGAAGCCAGAGUACCAACUCGAGGUGAAGACUGACCACGAAGGAGUUGCUCGCAGCAUGGAGCUGACAGUGGAGCUGCCAAAGGUUUGCUCCAUGUCAGAGUGCCAGCUGAGAAUCUCCAAGGACGACGUCUUGCUGGAAGUGGAGGAUGUCUACUAUUUGCUUUUAGAAUUCCCUAAAACUGUGAUUGAAGACACUGCAUCUGCCAUUUUCAACAAGAAGAAACGAAUGCUUACUUUGAGGUUAGAUGUGGAUGUUUUUUGACCAUUUGCCUUCAUGGAGAAACAAAUGCACACAGUCGUGCUGGGAAUGUGCUGAAGAAACUGGGAAGCUAAGAGUGAAUUCUGGAACUGAGAAUCCUCAAAGUACAUAACCAAAACAAACUAAAUAAGCCUUGUGAACACAUUAUACUACGGAGGGACUCAUGCUCUGCCUCAAAACUUCAGCUAACAAACAAUAAACAGCAAAUAUUUCACUGUGUCCCUUUGUACAGUGUGGGUUGAUCUUCAGCAGCAAAUGUAAUUCUUACCCCCCCCAAAAAAAUGUAUUAACUUUAAUAACAAUCUGUGGGUUUUGUUUAUUAAUGUGUGGGUGUAUGAGUGGAGGUGUAUAAUGGCCAGGAGCUGGUGUACAGUGUCAUUACCGUACUCCAGGGGAAUAAUUCACAAUAAAAUGAUCCAUGCAAUAA